AUGAGACGAAAACCCUUAAAGUUUGAAGUAGGCGAUAAAGUUUUAUUGAAAGUGUCACCCUGUAAAGGUGUGAUGCGUUUUGGUAAAAAGGGCAAGUUGAGCCCUAGAUACAUCGCACCAUUCGAGAUCCUCGAAUGUGUCGGCAGUGUAGCAUAUAGGCUAAGAUUGCCAGAGGAGUUGAGUGUAAUCCAUGAUGUAUUCCACGUUUGUAAUCUCAAGAAAUGUUUAGCCGAUGAGUCUUUAGCAAUGUCUCAUAAAGACGUACAAGUUUACAAAAGCUUGAAAUUCAUUGAGAGGCCAAUAGCAAUUGAAGAUCGGCAAGUCAAAAAGCUCCGAAGAAAGUAUGUACCUAUAGUGAAGGUUAAAUGGGACGCUCGUAGAGGCCCCGAAUAUACGUGGGAAGUAGAGUCCACUAUGAAGCAGAAGUACCCUCACUUAUUUCAGUAA